AUUGAACUUUGCAUUUAGGCCAAAUUCUAUCAUGGCAACUGUAGAAAAGGCCGUAGACGCGGCCGCUGAAUUUAUAGAGCCCUAUCUAGAGAGAACAUCAAGCAAAUCAUCUUCGAGCAGCACAACGAACGUAUCGGAUCCACAAUCCCUCGUUAACCAGGCACUGUUCCACCUACAAGUCAUCAAUACCGCUGAGCAAGCACAGGAACCUGAUGCCCCUUACGAUGGAUCCUUAUUCGGGGUUGCAUAUGGACUUCUGGACAUCAUUACAACACUCGGAUUACUGCCCUUCCUCUCUCCAGAUGUGGCGUUUGGUCAGCGUCCUCGUUCUGUUUUAAAGGAUGCCAUUUCAACAUCACCCUCCCAUGACGACGAAUUCCUUGAUCAAGUGAUCACAAAACUUUUACCCAUCCUCAAUCAAGAUGGAUCUGGCGUCCAACCUCUACUUUCUCAACGUAUACUUCCAGAUGUCCUAUCCGCUCUUGCCGAGCUAGCAUUGUCUCCACGGACCAAAAGUUCAUUCCAUGCUACAUAUGAACCAUCGUUCCGGUCACUUUUGGCCUCAACCUCAACAUCAAGGCUUUUGCCUAUUCUUACAUCAUUUCUUGGGCAGGAGAUCCCACCAUGGCUACGACAACCGCUCGCGAAAGAGCUAGCCUUGAUCCCUUUAAGAGCCCACGGAGUGCGCCAUACUGUUGAAUUCCUGUCUUUAUCCUACCUCUCCAAGAAUGCGAAACUUCCUGAAGGUGCAUCCUCCGAACCCUCACAGAUUCCUAUUCCUCUCGAGGCAAUCACACAUGUUUCAAGACUGUUAUCAGCCGCACCAAGUGGUAUGAACGUUGACGAUUGGUUCACUCAACUAGCCCCUCAGCUCUGGGCGCUUAUCGAUGGCAAAGAAGGCACAGAACUCAGCAGAGCUGCAGGUCAGAUUGUUUCCGGGGGAAUUUUGAAUCGAAAAUCAACCGGUGCUCCUGGCACCAUUGGAUGGACGUUAUUUGUGCGACCGCUACUGGAGACUAUCAGCCCACCUAUUGCCACGAAAGGCACCUUGAGAAAGAGCACAUCUGAUCGUAUUUUCGUAGAUGAUGUAUCCCUGAAUCUUGCAUUGCGGCGACUUUCUGUCAUUAUAACUUCUUCUAAUCACUCGGGUCUUAUCAAACGCUUAGUCAGUCCCUUAAUCCUUCCACUCUGGGGUCUAAUGGCGUAUGCCAAAUCCCGAGUGUCCCUCAAUACCGAAUGGAGUACUCUAUCUCGCAAAGUACUCUUACAUUACCUUUCCGCCGCCUGCGAUCCCAAAAGAGUAGACCAAGUUGCCCAGAAUUUGUUCUGGGACGGGAGUGCAGCGUGGUCGUAUGGGCCAGGCGCUGAAGGUGGUGUAGAGAUCCGUCAACGACGACAGGAUGAUGAUACUCUGGGAUCCAUGAACACAAUAUUGGCCCAGAUUGGAGCUUUGGACGAGCGUAUAAAGCUCUUCAUUGACUUACUAGUGGAAGCAAAAACCGAAGACGAGGCUAUCGCUUUUAUUUUCCUACAAACCACCCAACGCUGGUUAUCAACAGGGAAAAACACGGAUAAUAGCAAACUUAUCACUGAUGAUCUAUCAAAUCCACUCGCAGCACUUGCAGAAGCAAAGCUAUCGGAAGCGCUUGCGACCAAGUUCCAAGAUCAGCUUGCUCGACAGCCACAGCACAUCCUCGAAUUCAUGAGCCAGUUGAUCAGCGGCUAUGUAGAAGAACACAAAACGAGAACAAGAGAAAUAAAGAAUGCAGGAAAGCUGAGUAGAGCGAGUUUGAGGGGUAUCGUUUCAGGAGGUGUCAAAAACAAUGACACGAUUACGAACAGCGACACAGAGGAUUUGACGUCAUUCGCGCUCAGUAUUCUGAACAACCUCAUAGGCGAAGUGGACUUGACUUCAGAAGCUGUGAUACAGACUUUGACUAGUAUCGUUCCCUUACUACAGUACCUUUCUCAUUCUCAUCCCGAUUUACCCAUCCAGCCAUUGAUCACCAAUGCAUCAGCCAACAUUCUACAUGUACUUCAAAAGGCGCAGGUCCCAGUGGUAGGCGAAAAAGACGAGGAAGAUCUGCUCCACGAACAAAGAGAUACUCUGAAAACAGUCCUAACAGAUUUAACAUCCCCCGAGCCACCCAAUCGAACUUGGGCUAUAACUACGCUUCGCAAGUUGAUACUUGAUCCGAAUUCAUUCAAAUUGAUAGACAUACCUGCAACGACACAUGCUCUCCUUUCGGCCUCAAUCGCGGACCCGGAGUCAUACGUGCAUUCUGCAGCUAUUCCAGUGGUUGUAGACCUUGCAGUGGUUGCACCAACCCCUACUCUGCGGAUUCUGGUCGACGCGUUUGUUGAUGUUAGUGAGCAAUCAUUGCGGCUGAAAGAUACCAAAGAGAUCGAACAAGCACUCGACUACCGCCUUCGUGUCGGGGAGAUACUGCAUCGAUUUGUCGGAGAAGAUGCAUACUGGGUCACAAGUGCGAAUGUACAAACUCGAUACUCAAGCCUCAAAAUGCUCGUCGAGGCCUCAUUAUCUCUUGCGAGUAGGCGUGGGCAACGACAUCAGACACUCUCCAAACGCAAUGAACUUGCAGAGGCAGAAAAACGGAUGCAAGAAGAGGGAGAGGAAGCCUGGGGCGGCCCAAUCCCCAACCUCCUAGACCCCGAUGGCGAGAACGCUGAUCAGCCUGAGCGUGACGCGCUACUGAAAAUUAUCGAAGGGUGGGAGGACACAGGCAUCGAGGAAGACGUUCGUAUUCGUAGUUCCGCUUUGUCCCUCUUCGCCAGACUUGCAGAACAAAGGCUAGACAUGAUGAGCAAAGCUAUGCUUGCUGCAGGCCUACAGAUGGUGCUUCAGAUCCUAGUCGUUGAAAAAGGAGAUGCCAAGGCAAUCCUGCGACGAGCAGCACUGUUUGUCAUCGUUGGCACACUAAAGGGAAUGGAUGUCUCAAGUGACAAUGGAGAACUUUCCUCGGCAUCACUAGAUAUGCGAGAGAUUGAUCAAAUAGUGAACGUCACUGCGUGGGUCAAAGAUGAAGACGCAGAUCCGCUUGCUAGGUCCCAUGCCCAAAGCAUUCUCGAGGAUAUAGAGACUUGGAGGAUGAAACAGAUCUACAAGAUCAGAGAUGAGGGACUGAGAAUGACGGACAAUCUUGGGCUUGAUGGAACACUGAGGGGAUUGGAUAUAGAGCCCUUGUCUACCACAGAACAUGGCAAGAAGGGCAAGCUGGUUCAGGAAAUUGAGUAGUUACAAUCAUUAUGCUUUAUAGGGCGCGGGUAUUUUCCCUGGCAGACUCAAAGGGCGUCCACCCAAGCUCCUCUCAUAUCCGAGAGCAGGCUGCCGGUUUGAUU